UUUUUGGGAUGGGUAAUGCCUUGCUUUAAACACAAGCUGGAUGACUACUUGGUUUAUGGAUUAGACUCGUAUUUUUUUCUUAGGUUUUUGAAAUUUUUAGUUCUUUUGUUUCUUGGAUUAUCUAUACUAAAUGUCUCCAUACUCGUUCCCAUCAAUUAUUACUCACAUCACGAUAAUGCUUAUGAUAACUAUGAUAAAAAUCGUCUUGAUAAUUUCAAUGGUACCAGCACAAAUUUUUUGAAUCAGUUGACUCUUUUGAAUAUUUCUCCUGUUUACUACAAUCGACUUACAGCUCAUUUAGUUAUGGCCAUAAUCUCAAUCUGUUAUUACUAUUAUCUAUUAUUUGGCGAAUUAAAUCAUUAUUUUAGAAUAAGAACAAACUAUUUACUUCAAAAAAACACCAAAUAUAAACCAAAAUUCAAGUCAGUUAAUGUAAUAAUGAUUGACAAUUUCCCUAAAGAAUAUUUGAAUCUUGACGUCUUCAAUAAUCAGUUGUUUAAAUCAAUAAAUUUAUUGCCUGGUGGAAUUAAAAAUGUUUGGUUUAUUUAUGAUUUUGAAAAAGUAAAUGCUUUUUACCAAGAAUCUAAAAAAAUAUUGAACCAAAUAGAACAACAAAAUACUAAACUAAUUCGUGAUUUUAUUAGAUUAAAUAAAAACAAUAGCACAAAUAAUAUCAAAAAUACCCAACAUAAUACUCAAAUAAUCAAUAUUCAACCUAAUCAUGAUACAUCAGCAAAUUCUUUUAUUAACCAUGAAUUUAAUAAAAUUGAUAAAUUAAUUCAAAAAUAUCACAAAGUAAAUAAAAUCUUAAUAAACGAAAGACUAAAAUUUAUCAACUUGUUUCAAAAUGGCAAAUCAAAUGAUCAAAAAAUAAUAAAAACUAAUAAAGUACUUGUCGAAUUUUAUAAUCCAAUUUCUCCUUAUCUCCUAAAUCAGCUAUUAAUUAGCAACAAUUGGAAUGCUUGCAAUUCAAAGGUGAUUGAAAUUGAUCCUCAUGAUAUUAUUUGGGAAAAUAUUUCUAUUGAUAAUGGUUGGAUCAAACUUGCAAGAUAUUUUGUAUUUAAUGCUUUAACUAUCUGUUUAAUUAUAUUUUGGAUCAUACCCAUUAUCUUUAUUAGUUUUUUGAGCCAAUUGCCAUAUCUCACGACAUUAUUACCGUUUUUAGAGUUUUUAAAUAGUUUUCCUUUAUUUUUCAAGCAGUUAGUUUCAAAUUUUUUGCCAGCAUUAUUCUUAAGCUUUCUAUCGGAAUUAAUUCCAAGUAUUUUCUACUCGUUAAGCUUUGCAAAGGGAAUUCCAACUGGUUCAGAAAUUCAGAUUGACAUACAAUAUUGGUUAUUUUUGUUUUUUUUCAUCAAUAUAUUUUUAAUUGUUGCUUUAUCAAUUGGUUUAUUUAAUUUGGUAAUCAGUUUAAUUAACAAUCCAAUAUCGUUGUUAAUGAUCGUCUCUAGUGAUUUAUCUAAAGCUUCCAAUUUUUUUUUAAAUUUUUUGAUUUUAAAAGGAUUGUCGUUUUUUAGUGGCUCAUUAUUACAGCCUUAUAUGAUAAUUCAAAAAUUAUUUUUAUUUUGCAACUUUCAAUUGAAAUGCACUUUAACACCUAGAGCAAUGCUUGAAAAACAGUUGAUUUUAGGCUGUGAUUAUGAUUGGGGAUCUAUAUAUCCUAUUUUUUCAUUGUUUGGUGUAAUUGGUAUUACAUUUUCGGUCAUCAAUCCCAUUAUAUCAAUAUUCUGUGCAAUUAUAUUUGGUGUCAUAAUUGUAUCAGUUAAAUACAAUUUAAAAUAUAAAUAUAGUGGCCACCAGCUGGGCAAAAAAAGAAGUGAGACAAAUGGCAAGUUGUAUCCAAAUGGAUUAUUGCAGUUAAAUUCUGGUAUCUUUUUUCUAGAAAUAACGCUAAGCGGAUUAUUUUUUGUAAUAAAAAAUACUAGUGGUAAAAAUGUCUGUCUUAAACAGGGCAUUGUGAUGAUAUGCGUUUUGGGAAUAAGCAUAUAUAUUGAAUGUUAUAUUAAUGAUUAUUACAGAAAAAAUAUUUAUUCAAUUGGUUUAGAAGAAGUAGAAAGUUAUGAAACAGUGAGCAGAAAUACAAAUCCAGCUAUCAAUGAAAUGGGGUGUUUUGGAAUUAACAACUUCGAUUAUACGUUUUUACAUCCAUCAUUUUGGAGAAAAACUGAGGACACAUUAUGGCUUCCAAAGGAUAUGUUGGAUUUGUUUGUGGAGGAAAUAGAAUUUUAUGAAAAAAGAGAUUUGAAAACUUCUUUUGAAGGAUAUACCAAGGGAUCGAAUGUAGACAUCCGGGAGGCUCACAACAAAUUGAAGUUAGUUUUA